AGUAGUCCCGUGGUGGCUCAUUUAGUAAUCCCUGUUGUUCCCCCACCCCCGGUUCUGGUACGACUCCCGCGGGCCGUAGUAGUCAUGCUCAUCCUGAGGACGAGGUGGCGGGCCGCGCUGCCAUGGAGGCUCUGGUGGAGCGUUGUAAGACGCAGCUCCCUGGUUCUGGUUAUACGACUGACGAGGCUGUUCCUGAGGGGUCUUGUAUCCGUUCGGUUGAUAGACGAAUCCCGGGGGAGCACUGCCGUAACUCGCCUCGCCGGCGUAUUGAGCGUCGCGACCAGUCAUGAUGCAAGUGAUGGAAAUUAUGACUAACAAAGAUCUGUGUUGAAGACGAUUAUAGACUGGCUAUAUCGUGGUUAGGUUCCUUGUUGCUGUUGCAGAGAGUUGAAUGAUUAUCAGCAAGACGGGGUAUUUGAUUUCCGC